AAUGGAAGAUUUUCCUCUCAUUAACGUCUGUUUGAUAGAGGAUGUCUUCUAUUCUUCAGAUAAUCGAAGGCUUUAUUGCUUCAAGGAGACGAUAAAGCGAGGGUUGGAUGUUGACAGGAUACCUGUUCGAAUAAGAUGGGUGUCUGACAUCAACAUCGGGUGGAAGAUGGAGGAAGCGUAUCGGGUGGUGUGGAACACCAAUUUUAAGGAGGUGGUGGUUAGCCCUUCGUCGAGAAAUGGAAGAGUGAUUGAUGGUGAGGGUUAUUGA